AUAAACCCAAACUAGACGUAGCAGAAACUUGAAGCUGAGUGAGAAACAGAGAACAAGCUUCUUCUAUGUCUUCUUUGUCUCUCUGACACCAUCAAUCUCAAAUCAUUUUUUGCUAGGUGUUACCAUUCCUUCAUUUGUCAUCUUAUUUUUCCAUUCAUUUCGUUUCGCUUUAUUUUUCAUUUUUUCAUUUUUAUUUAUUAUUAUUAUUAUUUGCAGACAUUUGAUUAUGAUGGGUGGAAAGCAUAGAAUUCUGAUGGUCUCGGAUUUUUUCUAUCCUAACUUUGGUGGUGUCGAGAAUCACGUGUAUUACCUCUCGCAAUGCUUGCUCAAGUUAGGCCACAAGGUGGUUGUUGUAACUCAUGCUUAUGGAAAUAGAUCUGGGGUUAGAUAUAUGACCGGUGGUCUGAAAGUCUACUAUGUUCCAUGGAAACCUUUCUUCAAUCAGAGUACAUUUCCAACCUUGUAUGGGAUACUACCGGUUAUAAGAAUGAUUCUUAUUCGAGAAAGAAUUACUAUAGUGCAUGGACAUCAAACCUUUUCGACGCUUUGUCAUGAUGCUCUUUUGCAUGCCAGAAUCAUGGGAUACAAGGUUGUGUUUACAGAUCAUUCACUGAAUGGUUUUGGUGAUGUUGGAAGCAUCCACAUGAACAAGGUGUUGCAGUUUACCUUGGCAGAUGUGAGUCAAGCCAUCUGUGUUUCCCAUACAAGCAAGGAGAACACGGUCUUGAGGUCAGGUUUGUCACCAGAGAAGGUUUUUGUAAUUCCUAAUGCUGUUGAUACUGCCAUGUUCAAGCCAGCAUUGGAGCGUCCCAGCAGAUUGGAAAUUGUUAUUGUUGUUAUUAGUCGAUUGGUUUACCGUAAAGGAGCAGACUUGCUUGUUGAAGUCAUUCCAGAAGUAUGCCGAUUACAUCCCAAUGUUCGUUUCAUUAUUGGAGGUGAUGGACCUAAGCGUGUGCUGUUGGAAGAGAUGAGAGAAAAGCAUUCUCUUCAAGAUCGAGUUGAUUUGUUGGGAGCCGUACCCCAUGCACAAGUCCAGUCUGUUCUAAUAUCUGGGCAUAUCUUCUUAAACAGUUCCUUAACAGAAGCUUUUUGCAUGGCUAUAUUAGAGGCUGCUAGUUGUGGAUUGUUAACUGUCAGCACACGCGUUGGAGGUGUUCCUGAGGUAUUACCAGAUGACAUGAUUGUUUUGGCUGAACCUAAUCCCAGUGAUAUGGUGCAUGCAAUCCAAAAGGCAAUAUCUAUGCUGCCAAAAAUUGAUCCUCAAGUCAUGCACAAUCGAAUGAAGAAACUCUACAACUGGCAUGAUGUUGCCAAAAGGACCGAAAUUGUAUAUGAUCGAGCUAUGAAGUGCUCCAAUCAAAAUCUACUAGAAUGUCUCUCGCGAUAUCUCUCUUGUGGAGCAUGGGCAGGCAAGCUCUUUUGCUUGGUUAUGAUCUUAAGUUUUGUGUUUUGGCAUCUACUGGAUCUAUGGCAGCCUGCAGAUGAUAUUGAGGAGGUGCCAGAUGUUAUUCUUUCACACAACAAUGAUGGAGAGAUGUUGCAGAAAACCCAAGAAUGACACAUGAGGAGCAUGAUAGAUUAUUUUGUUGAAUUCCCAGAUCUUGAAAUGGAGAUAAUCAUGUCCUUUUCAUGGUUUUUUUUAAUAAAAACUGCAUGAAAUCUACAUCCUAAAGAAUAUUUCGUUGUAUAGCAAAAUAGUAAUGAGAACAGCAAAUGUGUGCUUCAUCGUAGAUUAUGAACUUUAUAAAACUGCAGAGGAUCCUAAUC